GUGAUGUUAUAUGCUCUUUGUGUCAAUUGAUUUGCUUAUAUUUCAUUUCAUGGUGUGCUAAAAAUUAUGAUCAUAAUUCGAUAUUUUAAUAAUUAUUAGACUUUGUAAAUCUGUGCCCAAUAAGUAUAAGAUUUCGGGAACGUUUUCCAGGUGUGCUCUAAAUUGUGUAAUUUUAUUUAGAAAUAUCAUAUCACGCAAACAGUGACGAAAUGUCAAAAAAUUCAGUGGAUUCGUGCCAAUGAUCAAGAAGUUUUAGCAGAUGUGAAAAUUUGUUGUUUGUGCGAUUUAUUGAAACUAAUGAUAUCUCAAACCUUUAGUGCAGUUUUGGAUUCUUAUCAGGGUUAUUUUUGGGAAAAGUUUCCAGUUAAAUUUAUCUGUCCAGUUGGAUGAUUCUACAGUUUUGAAAGAGCGAAGUGCGACAUACGUCUGGAGUAUUUGAGAUGAGCUCUCUACCGCCGGUGGAGUUGGAGGUGGAGGUCGUCGAUGAGUCUAUGGAAGACGACGCCCCAGAAAUGAUACCCGCUGACAGGUUCACACUGCCAGCGCGCGCCGACGCCGUGGUGGAGUUAUGGCGCACCAAGUUGGCCGAGGGAGUGCUCUCACCGGCACAUUUCCAAGACCAUUGGCGGGUCACUGUACCAAGGAUAUACUCGCCGCAGCCCAACAGGACAUGUCUUGACUGGUCUUUCGACGAGGAGCUGGCUCAGAAGCUGCUGAUCCAGCCGCUGGAACAGUUCGUGUGGGGCGGCGCGGACGGGUCGCGAGUGGUGCCGCCGCGUCGCUCCACGCUAUGUGGCCGCGUAUUUAAACAGGGCGAGCCGGCCUACAGCUGCCGUGAGUGCGGUAUGGACAACACGUGCGUGUUGUGCGUGGAGUGCUUCAAGGUGUCUGCACAUCGGCACCACAAGUACAAGAUGGGCCAGUCCGGGGGCGGCGGCUGCUGCGAUUGCGGAGACACCGAAGCCUGGAAGCGGGACCCGUUCUGCGUGCUGCACACUGCGCCCGACAACGAGGAACAAGAAUCCCAGUCGAGCAUCGGGCCCGAUGUGUUGGAGCGGAUGAAAAUCGUCGCCUCCGUCUGUCUGUCCUACUGCUUCAGACUGUUGACAUUGGACCACGCACCGGGUCUACCAAAUGAUCUCAGAUUGAAAGAUGCGGAGAGAGACCUGUUACAGAUCUUGGACCAGCCGGACUGUUAUUGCACUGUGCUAUAUAACGAUGAAACUCAUACCUUUGAGCAGGUGAUAACGACUCUUAACCGCGUGCUGAAAUCUAACCACCGCGACUCUGUGGAGCUGGUGAGUCUCAUAGACCGUGAAGGUCGCGCUCUGGUCAAGUGCAACUCGUUUCAAAUUUGCGACAAGCUCAAGACAGACAUAGAGACGUAAGUUUAACAAUCACCUUUUGAAAAGUUUUCUUACCGGUCGUGUCACGGGUUUUAAUUGUACCGUGAAAGUGGUUAUGUGCAGGACAUUUACUAAUGCAAAGGUUAAUAAUUAGUAUUCAAAAAAUAAGGUAAAUGAAUAGUGCAUGUAGUAUGAGUGGAUAAUAAAGGUGAACUUAUCAUCAUUAUCAUCACUAUCACCAUCUAUCAAGAGUCCACUGCGCAACAUAAGCUUCCGCCCUACAUAUUCACAUAGGGGAGAUAUGUAGUGUUAGCGUAUGAGAAUCUACUACUCAAUAUCAUCCCGUGGUUUACGUAAAGGGCGACAGAAGAAAUCUGAAACAGAAGAUGGACAGCAGCAUCUUUCUCAUAAUAACUUAAAAAACAUACAAUGCAUGCAUAUGUGAGCUACUUUAUAAUUUUAAGUACAUAAUAAAUUAGCACUUUUACUGACCCUGGCUGAGGUGAUCAAAUAAGUUUUAAGUGUCAGUUUAUAUUAUAUUAUGCUGUUUAUGUUACCUACACAUAAUUUUUAUAUAUAAAAAUACGUGUCAUGUUGUUUGUCCGCGAUGGACUCCUAAACUACUGAACUGAUUUCAAUGAAAUUUUGCACACAGUGUGCAUUUUGGUCCAACUUGAGAGAUAGGAUAGUUUUUAUCCCGCUAAAUGACCCUCAAAAUUUUUUAUUGCGAAUUUAAGGAUUUUUAUAGGAAUGCUCGUCGGAAAGGGCAGAACAACGUCUGCCUGGCGAGCUAGUAUGAUAUAUUUUACAGACAAAAUAUUAUGGACAGGACAACAAUGAGAACUAUUUAAGACAGCUCUAAACGAAAUGAAAAUCAUUAAGCAAAUUGUUAUUGUUUGUUAUGACUAGACUUGCAGUGUAACCCUCAUCUCAACAAUAGGUUUUAUGUAACCCAUUGCUGAGAUGAGGGCUUCUCUGAUUUAUCAGAGGGUUAUGAAGUAAGAAAGAAUCCAAUACUUGAAGGAUUUCAGUCUUUAAAAAUAUUUAAAAAAAAACUUAAUUAUUGUUUGAAAUUAUAUUUAAUAGAAAAUAUGUAUAUUUUCAAAUGAACAGCAAUAUUAGUUGAUAAAUAUAACGUUCCCCCCACUGUGCUGGGGCAUGACUUGUGCACUGUUGAUCAGCCACACGGCGAUGUUCGAAAGGUUCACGUCGCGGCACGGGCCCGUGUUCAAGGUGCUGGUGAUGCACGCGCACGUCGUCGCCCACCAGACCUUCGCCAUGAAGCUCCUGACUUGGUGAGUGCUUUCUAGUUUUCUAAUUAUCUUCGUGUGAAUAUUUUAUAUUUUUUGUCGUGUUCAAUACCGUAUCAGACAUAAAGUAAAUAUUGAUUUGUUGUAUACUGAUACUACACAUUGAAUAAGACUAACUUUUACUGAUUUUAUCGCGUAAUUUUUUUAUUCACGUAAUGCUAACCUAACUCAACUUUAUGUGCGUUACGCAUGAAGGAUAUAGGGUAUAGCGGGCGUGUACGCAUCUACGCCAAAUGUAUGCGUCCUGUUUCGUUGUUUUGUCAACCCAUCCGUAUCGCAGACGUAUCGCGCACGAAGUUGAUGUACUAUGGUUGACCUCGAAAAUAUUUUUUUUGAAAAAUUGAAGUAAUAAUAUAAAUAACAGUCCAUCUGAAUGUAUUUGCCAAAUGCCGUCCAAAUACCUAUAGCCAACUUUAUUUUUUUAUAGAAUAAGGUUGGGUGGCAAACGAACACACAGUCCACCUAAUGGUAAGGAAAUAGAUACUGUGGCCCAUAGACACUAUCAUUUUUCCUCCAUUACAAUUUAAAAUGCAGAUGCGUUGUCACCCUUUAAGGUUAAGAUGGUAUGCCCCAUAUUCAGUAAAAAGGGUCUCCGGUUCUCUACACUCACAAUACGAAACAGCAGUAUUGAACUGCUAUUUUACGCUGGUAUUCUGUGAGAUCGUGGUCUUACCACGGUCGUACCGACCCAUUCCUGCUGCAACCAUUAAAUAGCUGCUACGUGGCUCUACCACGUGCCCAGAUUUUAACUGCAAUAUUUACAGUUUCAAAUCAUAGGCCACAUACUCACACACGUUAUAUAACUAAUCCGAUAAAGAAAUUGGAAAAUUCUUGUGGUAAAAUAGCGAUAAAAAGUAUGUAAGUACGUCAUACACACACCGAAUGGAACAGUUGGUUUAAAACGGAAAUUUUAAAAAAAAAAACAUUUUAUUCGGAAUGAUGUUAAAUAAAAUUUAUAAUAAAAAAUGAAUUAUAUUUCCAUUCAAACUAACAUCCCACACUGACUGAACAGAGCGUCGUCCUUUCCCGGUCCAGCCGACCCAUUCAUGCUACAACUAUACUACUAAUAUAGCUGCAGCAUGGCUACCACGUACAUACACGCAAUCACAGAUGCACACUAAUCUCUCACACUAAUUGCUUCGUGGGGCGGCAAUGCGACACGACCGGACAGGGAUUAAGCGCAUAACGGCUGUACGUAGUUUAACUAUAAUGGUUCAAACAACAACAUAUAAUCCAGUAGUGAUUUUUUAAGAUUCAUGAUGCUCGGUUGUCUGAUUUGAAUGUCUCAUUUGUGUGUGCCAUUGAGAUAUAAUGUACUACGUACUAGAGAAGCUAUUCCGAACAAAAACUGUGCACUACUCUAUGUCUUCGCGCAUGUGCGGUAAAUAGUACAGUCGCGCAUGCGCGGUUUUUGUCACCAUAGAUUAUAUACGUAGGUAGAAUGAUCAGUAUGUAAUAAGUAAAUGUUUAUUUAGAUUGUAUUGUAAAUUGUAUCGAGUACAAUUUUUUAAAUUGUUAUUUACAUUGCAUGAUGUGUUAAUAUAAUGUAACAUAAUAUUAUGUCAGAUUUACAUUUUAAUUAUAUUUAAUUAAUACUUUAAAAGGUAAAUAUGUAGAAUAUAAAAAUAUGCAUUUAUUUUCAAAGAUCAUUAUUAUUACAUUUCUAGCAUUAUCUAACGUAUUUAUACGCAGCUGGUGAAUAAUAGUGUAAAAUCUAUGCGAAUUUACGUAAAGGUGCAUGCAGUGUAUAAUUAAUAAUGCGUACUCUGUUUAUUCUUUUUCGUUAAAGAUUUAUGUUACUCCAUAACUUCUGCUUUACCCAUUAAAUCAAUCUCAGCAUUUAAGUUGAGACCAAAUUUAUGUUUCAAAUUUUCUACAAUUGAUUUGUAAGACGCACAUUUUUUCUUUAGAUAAAUAUUUUGUCUUAAAUUUCUCAGUAAGUUUCUUUCUAGUUACAGAACCCUUGCUAUUAUAUACAAACAGAAUAUUACAACGUGCUUAUAUUUUAUUCUUUUUAUAAUAACCUAGAAUUAUUGAUUCCGCUAUUAAAGUAGAACUAUAUUUAAAAGCUUAGGCUUCGUAUACAUCACUCAAACUUAGCUUAGGAGACAUCACUUGCGUAAUUUAUUUUUAAGUACAAUUUUGCUCGGACUAUCUAAAAUUGAAUUUGUACUGCUUAUUGGUUCAAACAACGGUUCUGAUACUUCCUGUUCACCACAUUUUGUUGGCUGAAAAAAAGAUACUAGUUAUUUGGAAAGCCUGCAAAAAUUCUAGUGUUACAGUAUUAAAAAACCGUCAUAUACUAGACUGACUCGCGCGCCGAGGUUUCCGCCUCUCUUAAGUCCCAUAAAUACACUGAACAUUACAAAACAUUCGUUCGUCAUCUAAUC